AGUUUUGAAAUUGUUCUGUAUUAGAUAUUGUAGCUAUAGCUUUGUGAUUGAAAACCCGCCAAAUAUUCAUUUUAAAAUAUUAUGUAUUUUGUUGAUUUUUAUAAUUGUAAUUUAUUUGUAAAAGUAUAGAAUCAAUGAACAAACGCCAUUAAUAAUAUAUGUGUAAAGUUGUUGUGAUAUUUUUAUGUUUCAUUAAGCACUCCCAGUUUCCAUAUUUACCCAUUUCAGACAAUGUUAUUAGACAGAGAUAUAAAAUGAAGAAGAUAGAUAUUUCCUUUGCUGGUUGUGGAUUUUUAGCCCUGUACCAUGCCGGAGUCCUCAAGUAUAUUCAAUCAAAUCUUCACAAAACAGUUCGGAUUGAAAAAUCUCUCGGAGCAUCUGCAGGAGCUGUGGUUGCCUGCCUAGCUUUAAUUCAAUACCCUGCAGACGAAAUCAGGCAGAAGUUUAAGAAAAUUAUUGAAAAAGCAAGAAAACACAGAUUUGGAGCUUUUCAUCCUAAUUUUCAUGUUGAAUCUAUAAUUAAGGAAGAAUUGAGUCCUGAGCUACCUAGAGAUAUUGCUGAAAUAGUUACAGACAGAUUAUUUAUAUCACUUACCAAUAGCAGGGGUCACAACUUACUUGUGUCACAGUUUAAUUCAAGAGAGGAUCUAUUGGAAGCUUUAAUUUGUUCCUGUUUUCUUCCCGCAUUUUCUGGAUACAGAGUUCCAACAUUUCGGGGGGAAAAAUUCCUAGACGGAGGUUUAUCAAUCAAUCUUCCUGUUCUGGACUCUCAUACGAUUAAAGUCAGUCCCUUUGCAGGACUGGAUAAAGAUAUCUGUCCCAGGUUCAGUUCCAGCUCCAGGACUUUAGAUCUACAGGGGGAAAAUAUAGCACUGAACCUGCAGAAUUUGAAGCGAGGGGUGCAUGUGAUAAAAGCCUCAAAUGUAUUGGUGUUGGAGGAUUAUUACUCUUGCGGGCUGAAGGAUGCCAAAAGCUAUUUUGAAUAAAAAACUUCAUAAAUUUGCAGAAA